AUGGAUCCCAAGUGGGAACUUCCUUCGCUGAGGGGUACAAUGAGACUAGGCGCGCAUACAAAGUCUAGCCUCGGUACUACCCAGCUCUACGACGUCGAAUUCUAUCCCUAUACUGCUCCCGGCGUCGAUCCCGUAUUUGCUACCAUCAUUUGUCGCUGCGUACUGGGUAAGAAUGACACCAUUGAAAUCCUGCGGUGGUUCGAGGACGAAGAGAUUUCUACAGAGCAUGGUUCAGCGGGUGAUAGACUGAACUACAACAGCGUCGUAUGGUCUCAGGCUGAGAGCGGAGACCCACUCGUCUGUGUGACUGGUGAUUCGCGUAUCAAGGUUUUGAAUGUCAAAACAGGCGAGCUUGUAUCCACGCUGAUAGGCCAUGGCGAUUCCGUCAACGACCUUGCUGUGUCACCCACAGACCCAACAAUACUGGCCUCGGUCAGCAUUGAUUUCAGUCUCCGCAUUUGGAGCCUGCAUCCGUCGCAUGAAAGACAACCGCUUGGGGCAAUAUGCUAUGGCCAGGGUCACAAAGAGCAGGUUUUGACCCUUUGGGCUGUACCAGACCAUCUCAAAGAUCACGUUGGAACAGACCAGCCGCUCAAGGUGCACUAUCCACAUUUCUCGACCACGGAGAUUCAUACCGACUUUAUCGACUGUGUUCAAUGGUACAAUGAUCUGAUACUCAGUCAUGCGUGCCGGGAAGACAAGAUUAUUCUUUGGAGUAUCGAUAAAUUCAACUCAGACCGGCUCACUACACCUCCGGCACCUAUUCCCACCUCGAGCGCAGUCCAUAGCCGCAGUCCAGUCACCAUCCAAGCCAACACAACCUCAAACACACGGUCAGCUUGGGGUGGACGCUUCCAGCGACUCCUACAAUUUGAACUCCCACAUACUAACCAGUUUUAUAUUCGCUUUUCAAUAUUCCACCAACUCGGUCGUCACCCCAUCCUCUCAGCAGCGAACGAAAAGAGUAAGACUUUUUUCUGGGACUUGCAACGCCUAGAAGACUCCGGGAUGGGAGAGGAUGAGUCACAGAAUCCAGAGUCACAGAAUACAAAAGGCUUGCCGCUGGGCCUACCAAGACACGUGCGCGAAGGAAGCACGGCGUCCACAGCCUCGUCUGCUGUUAGCACUAGUUCAGGGACCACAAAAUCCAAGCAAAAGAAGGUCAAGGAGCUGCAUGUCGAUCGAGGGAUAUCAGAUCCAUUUCGCUCCAUCAAAGCCCACAAGACCAUCGAGAUACCCAAAUACAAGGCCUUUGCGUUUCGCCACUCUGCCUGGAGCCGCGAUGGUCAAUGGUUUGUUAGUGUUGGCGAUUGCGGUACCAUCGCCAUCUUCAAUAGAUGGGAGAUGGGAGUUCCUCCGAUCAGCCCAGACAAGGACGUUUCUACGGAAGAGGUCAGUCAAGACAAGGUUAGCACGCUCCCUGAAAGCUCGGACCCGGAUUGCGUACCAAAAGUCCGAUAG